UCGCUCUUUUUGGACUGAUGCGGCUCUGUGAGCGUAACCUGUUUUAGCGCAUAAUCUCUCGCUCGCAGUUGGUCGAGCGUCCCACGUGGUUUGAAGUAUAAAAAAGUUUCAGCGCGAGGUGCUUUAGUGUCGUGAUUACACGAGAGAAAAGACUAAAGGACAACAUCCCUCCCGAGCCUGAAGAAAUACGCAAGAACUUACACAAUUCACAACACUGUUACUGAGAGAAGAGGAGCACGAGCUAUUGAUAUCCGGUGGAAAGACAAAGAGUGAAAUUUUGUCUUCAAACAAGAAAGAUUUUUUUUUUGACUACACUGACCUUUAAAAGGAAUACAAGAUUAGUGACCGGUUUGUUUUGAUUCUUUACGCGCGUCAAUUUGUCAGUUCCCUUGGAGAUGAGACACUUUCGCGCUUUUAACUAGCGUCAAUUAAGACUGACCUUUUCGCGACUAGCCCUCAUUAUUACUCAAUGUGUUUACCGGGCGAUAAAACACACACUUUCUGUGAACGUCUCACAAAAGUGACCGCGAGCAUGAUGAUGAAUGGGCAUCUAUCAAAGGAGGUUGUUGGAAGUACAACUCUGUCCUGUUUAUAGGUCAAAUUGUUUUACGGUAGGAAUUCAUGAACUGAUUUGUUUGUUGUAUGGACACGUUAUUUAAGAAAAUGAGUUUUUCCAUCCUCUCUGUAACCUGUUUAAUGGCUUGCAUACUCUCAGUUCAGUGUAGUCUGGGAGCUGAGACUGUGUCUCAGGAGUCUCAGUGUGCCUCUUGCGGACUCGGGCAUCCGGAUGAUUCGGGGCGAAUGGACACAGACUUUCUGGAGGCGGUUAAAAGGCACAUAUUGAACCGACUGCAGAUGAGAGAGAGACCAAAUAUCACUCAUCCCAUUCCCAAAGCUGCCAUGGUAACGGCGCUGCGCAAACUUCACGCGGGUAAAGUUCGGGAGGACGGGAGGGUUGAAAUUCCCAACUUGGAUGGACAUGCUGCCCACAACGAGGUGCAAGAAGAAACGUCGGAAAUAAUCAGUUUCGCCGAGUCAGACGAUGUGACUCCGUCAAAGUCCAGCCUCUACUUCCUGAUUUCCAAUGAGGGAAAUCAGAACCUCUACGUGUUGCAGGCAAACCUUUGGCUGUACUUCAAGCUGUUGCCAGGUACUCAGGAGAAAGGACUGCGGCGGAAGGUGACGGUGAGGGUGCACUCCUAUGAGCCCGGAGGGCAGAAUGUGCACUGGCCCAUGAUGGAAAAACGUGUGGAGUUGAAACGCAGUGGCUGGCACACCUUCCCCGUGUCCGAGGCAGUGCGGGAAAUGCUUGCAAAAGGGGGUCGCCGACAAGACCUCGACAUCCACUGCGAGGGCUGCGAGGCCGCCAACGUUCUGCCCAUCCUGGUGGACCCAAGCGAUCCCUCACACCGUCCAUUCCUGGUGGUCCGCGCCCAGCAAGCAGACGGCAAGCACCGCAUCCGAAAGCGAGGCCUGGAGUGCGACGGCACCAAUGGCGGUUUGUGCUGCCGACAGCAGUUUUACAUUGACUUCCGGCUCAUUGGCUGGAACGACUGGAUCAUCGCGCCAGCAGGGUACUACGGGAACUACUGUGAAGGCAGCUGCCCAGCUUACAUGGCAGGUGUUCCGGGCUCUGCCUCAUCAUUUCACACGGCAGUUGUUAACCAGUACCGCAUGAGAGGCAUGAGUCCUGGUUCGGUCAACUCCUGCUGCAUACCCACCAAACUCAGCACCAUGUCCAUGCUCUAUUUCGAUGAUGAGUACAACAUCGUCAAGCGUGACGUGCCUAACAUGAUCGUGGAGGAGUGUGGCUGUGCCUGAGUAAAGUCCACGUUAGGACAUAAUAUAAAAGCAGUGACAGUCAUAUUUAUGGUCUUUCUGAACCACAUGCAUAUAGAUUGUGUUAAUAUUUGUGCACUCACAAAGUACAAUCACACACACAUUUGUGUGUGUGUGUGCAUCAAGCGGUAGAUCAUCAGAUGUAUGACAGGUGGGUCCUUCUAAUGAACAAAAAGGCUUUGGGAUGAUAAGGGAAAGGGAACACUGGUUUAUCUCUAGUUUGCCAUUUCUAGACUUAAAAAAAAUGGCUCAAUACUUUUCCUCUCCAACAGCAAAAAGGAGACAAACUGGUGUCACCCUUUAACAUAAGUACUUAGAGAUUGUUGUACAAGCACUGACAUAUCUCCUACUUCAGAACACCAGCACUUCAACAGCUUGUUUAAGACAAUAUGACCAAUCAUUCCAGCUGAUGUGGAGAUUUCCAAAUCAGUGUGUGUCAUGUUCCCAGUCGUUCCCAGAGGCAUUCCCACAGCAGUGACUCCAGUUGUCUGCGGCAUUUUUAAAUCCAUUGUGAGGCUUCUACUCGAACUGUAAGCACCUCUGGACAAGAACAUCUUGAAACUAAAACCACUUCUGCCGUUCUACUUAUUUGUGCAUGUCUUGACUGCAGCAGACUGCAUAACUAGAUCUUGAGGUCUAACCGGUACAGCGUAAACUUCACUGCUUCCUUCAUCUGCACACUUCAAUGGCUGACAAACGCUCGCAGUGGUGUGCGUUCCGCGGAGCCGCUUCUAUUCUGUCCAGCUGGUUUACAGGGAGUACAGCACUUGCGAAAACUCUCGAAAUGCACAAUUUAAAGCACUUGCAUAUUGCAAAGCCUUCAAAAGGGUACAUAGAGGUGGACCUACCCUUGCCCAUAGUCCUUUUAAUAUAAAGUGCCGCACGAACUAUGCAAUGUAUAAUAAUCCUGAACUAUGUCAAACAAACUGAAUUCUUAUUUCUGCUUGUCUUUAACUCUUUAUCAAUACUUGAAAUGUGAUCUUUCGCUUGCUUUCCAAAGCGGAUGAUUGUUACGAUGUUUGCACUGAAAAGUUGCGGGAUUAGUUAAAAGACAAAAAAGACAAAAAAAAAAAACUGCCAUUGAAAAUGUUAUUUUUGUAGUAAAACUGAAUUUUGUGAAAAAAUGUAUUGUACCUAAUUAAUUGUACCAAAGAGGCCAAUAUUUUAGCUAUUAUAAUAAGGUGGCAAGGCCAUUCCAAUAUUUGUAAAAUAAUUAUUGAUACUUCUCAAGAGGCCUAAUAAUCAGGGUACAACAUUAUGGAUUCCAUUUGUAGCUCUGUCUAAUUUUUUUAUACUAUGUACAGCAAACCGAUGAAACACAAUCUCUUCCUGUCUUUAAUUUUCCAGUCUUCUAUUUAAUAAGAGUUAUUUCUUAGCUUGUUUCAAAGUCAUUUAGUUAAACAGAUGUCAUCUCUGUACAGAUUAUGUAAAAUAAAAAUAUUCUUUCUUAAAUAUUUUGUAACUUUAAAAAUAAAUUCUUACUUUGCA